AUGGAAGCUGGAACUUCUGAGGUUGAUAAUGAACAUGAUGGCACAAUUGUUGUUAGGGUGGAUCUCACAAAGGCCUUUACUCCUGAUAAAGCUUUUGCAUCCCACACUGAUCUUAUUGAUUGGGCUCGCUGUGUAGGUAAAGAGAAUGAUUAUGUUGUUAUUGUGAUUAGGUCUGACUACGGAUCUGCAAAAAGGAAGCCUUUGAUAACAUUGGGAUGUGAACGUGGUGGGAAGCUAAGAGCAAGGCCUGGCGGCGUUGAUGGGCGAUGGAAGGUGAUAGUUCAUUCUGGGAUUCACAACCAUGAUUCAGCUGAAACAUUACAAGGUCACUCUUUUGUUGGUCGUCUAAAUCCUGAUGAAAAGGUCAUGGUGGGAAGUAUGAUUGAGAAAAGGGUUAAGCCAAGCGACAUGUUGAUUGCACUAAGGGAGAAAAACCCCAACAAUCUGACUCGAAUCAAACAAAUCUACAAUGAGAAGCAAGCCUACAAUAGGAUUAAGAGGGGACCUUUUUCGGAGAUUCAACACUUGAUGAAGUUGUUGGAAGGUGACAAAUACGCAUAUUGGUCUAGGGUUGAGGGUGGUUCUAAUGUGAUUAAAUCUCUGUUCUUUGCUCACCCUGAUUCUAUUCAUCUUUUUAAUGAAUUUCCUACGGUGGUGCUUAUGGACAGUACAUACAAGACCAACAGGUACAAAAUUCCUUUACUUGAAAUGGUUGGGGUGACAUCAACUAAUUUGACAUACUCUAUUGCAUUUGCUUACAUGGCGAAUGAGCGCACAAAUGAGGUGUUAUGGGCAUUAAAUAGGUUGAAAGGGUUGAUUGUGAAGGAAGAAAAUCUUCCUAAGGUAAUUGUCACUGACAAGGACAAUGUUUUAAUGAAAGUCAUUGAAGACGUGUUCCCCGCAGCUCGCCAUUUAGUUGAAGGUGCGCAUUCAAAGUUGAAGAAGCUUCUUUCAGAUAGCCUAGGUGACUUGGUUAAAGCUUGGACUGCUGUCAACAAGCUUCUUAUCAUGCAGCAUGACAAGAUUAAAGAAUCAUACCAGCUCAGCAUUUUUGUCACCGAGCAUACUCUCAAUGAUGUGUUUUAUAAGGAUUUGCGAGGCUUUGUUUCUAGAGCAGCAUUGCAUAUGAUUGCUAGAGAGAGGAAACAAAUCGACCCUGCCAUUGAUCCUGAGUUGGGCGUCAGUUUUGAGUCUGAACUUGAAGCUUUAAAAGUUAAAUUUGACAGAUCUUCUGCGGCAGUGAGGAAGUCCAUCAUUGAUAGCAUUAGAAUGAUUUCUUUCCCGGAAAGGACUUCCAUGUGUCCUCCUCCAAAGAAGGUCCCAACUAAGGGUAGGCAAAAAGGCUCUUCGAAAAAGGUCACAACAAAGAGUAUCAAAGUACCUAGUCAACGCUCUACAAAACGUAUGGCGUCUCGUUGGGAGCGUAUUAAUGUACAAUAUCCGGGCUCUUGGGAAGGUAGCAACUCCACACCAAAUACUAGUCAGCGCUCUACAAGCCGAGUGAAGAAUCAAAGCCUCCGCCCAAGCAUGUUGAGACAAAUCCCCGAAGAGUUUCAUCGAUUCAUUGAUUCCUUGGUUCAUGUAAAGGGAGACGGACACUGCGGAUUUAGAUGUGUUGCUGCAAUGUUGGAUAUGGGAGAAGACAAAUGGGCGAUUGUUCGUCGGACUCUGAUCCAAGAACUUGACACUGAAUUUGACAUGUACUGUUCAAUAUUUGGGAUAGCUGAGGCAAAUGAGAUACGUUGUGCUUUACAUGUCACUUCAGACGGGCCAGUAGGAGACGAUAAGUGGAUGACCGUUCCUAAUAUGGCAUACAUUAUAUCCACAGCUUAUAAAGUGGUGUUCAUGACCCUUGCUAUUAGUGGAUGUAACACUUUCUUCCCAUUGAGAGGAAGUGCAGACCCACCGGCACUCCACAAACGCAUUGCAGUUGCAUUUGUUAAUGAAAAUCACUUUAUUGGGGUUGUUCUUUGUGAUGGGCACCCAAUGCCGCUCACUGCUCACAUGUGGACAUAUCAUCGCAGGAAUGAGGCCAAGACAUGGGUUGAUCCCUAUUCUGCUCGAAUUGACACUUAUAGUGCAUAUCUUGCCGCUAAACAUGGUGGUGGUGAUCACUCAAUAAUGGACCUUAGUGAGGAUUAA